GCAAUCAACACCGUUGGAGCAUCAAGAUCAGUGUGAAAAGUUUAAUUGAUUGGCGAUCCGUAUUUCACACGGUCAAUUAAAGUGUGUCUUUUUGAACGUUAGUUAGUUUGUCUAUCAAAUACGGCAUAUAGCACGGAAAGGAAGCUGAUAUGUCCACGAUUGUGGUCAACAAUGUGUCUGGAGAGUCUGGUCGCAAAUUGCCGCAAUUUAUUGCUGGUUUGGCGGCUUCUGGUGGUGCUCUUGCAGCUGGUACAUUUCUUGGAUGGACAAACCCGACUGAAGCUCCUUUAACAAUGGAGAACGAAUACGGAUUCCCAGUGUCUACAGAAACAUUUUCCUGGAUAGGAUCUAUUUCUAAUUUGGGUGCCGCGCUGAUGUGCUUCCCGAUUGGAUAUAUGAUGAAAAUUAUUGGAAGAAAAUGGUCCAUGUUGUCGAUGGUACUCCCUUUGGUUCUAGGCUGGCUACUUAUUAUAUUUGCAGAGAAUGUAGCUAUGCUGUUAGUCGGACGUUUGUUUCUUGGUAUUGGGGGUGGUGCUUUUUGUGUAGCAGCUCCUACGUACACAGCAGAAAUAGCGCAGCCGUCCAUUCGUGGCACUCUUGGAACGUUCUUCCAACUAAUGGUAACUGUAGGAAUUCUGUUCGUCUACGCUGUCGGUUCUGGCGUAAAUGUGCAGGUUUUAAGUAUUAUUUGCGGUGUAAUACCUCUAGUAUUUGGAUUAAUAUUUUUCUUCAUGCCCGAAAGCCCCUACUAUUAUAUCGAGAAAGGUCAGUACAGCGAAGCCUCCCAGUCAUUAAAAUGGCUUCGAGGUUCACACUACGACGAAAACGCUGAAAUGGAAGACAUGAAACAAGAAGAUGCUAAGCUGAAAGCUGAAGCUAUUACAAUACUGGAUGCGUUUCGCCAAAAAGCGACUAUUAGGGCAUUGGUAAUUUCUCUGGGGCUUAUGUUUUUCCAGCAACUGUCAGGGAUCAAUGCGGUUAUUUUCUAUAAUGCAGCAAUUUUCAAAAGUGCUAACGGCGAUGAAGAUAUGACCUCGGCUAGCGUCAUAGUUGGUGGAAUUCAAGUUGUUGCUACGUUGGUUGCGUCGAUUGUAGUGGAUAAAGUUGGUCGAAGGAUUCUAUUGAUUGUUUCGGACUUCAUGAUGGCGGUCUCAACGAUACUCUUGGCUGUGUAUUUCCAGCUCAAGCAAGAUGAUCCAUCCAAAGUGGCCGAUCUGAGCUGGCUGGCAGUACUGGCAGUAUGUAUGUUUAUUGCCAUGUUCUCGAUUGGCUUCGGCCCAGUGCCAUGGUUAAUGAUUGGUGAACUAUUCGCUAAUAAUGUGAAAGCGUUUGCUAGUCCAAUUGCGGGGGUCUUCAAUUGGUUGCUUGCGUUUCUUGUGACAAAAAUAUUCACUAACCUUACCGAUGGUAUGGGCGAGGCAGGAGUUUUCUGGCUUUUCUCUGGACUUUCACUGCUAGGCACCGUCUUUGUUUAUUUGAUGGUACCGGAAACAAAAGGAAAAUCUUUAAAUGAAAUACAACGUGUAUUAGCUGGUGAGCAAUUGGAGACUAGUAAACAAAAAAUUCCCGAGAGUCAAAUCGAUGAUGUAUCGUCGCCUGCAACAUGAGCUGAAAACAAAAUUUUCUGAUUUUUUUUUCUGGUUAUGAUUUUCGAGCAUAACCAAAGAACUUUAUUAUCUUACUUACGCAGCGAAGUUAACGGAAAUGCGGAUUAAACGGUACUGGUACUGCACUUAAUACUGAGAAGAAUGACCAGAAAGGCAUAAAAAGUCUAAUUGAUGACAAUUCUGAAAGUUUAUUAUUUGUGCUAAUAUAUAACGUAUAAAAAACAAAAUAAACGAUUGUACAUACAGCUCACGCAAAGGUGGAAAAAAUAGAGUUAUAUAAGACAGUGAAUAAAAAUUCUG